GCUGAGUGAGGAGGGAAACGUGUCACCCUCUGGGCUCUGGGAGCUCCGCGGCCGCCGGGUUUGUUGACUCGCACGGGAGAGCGCUGGAGGCUGGAUGGGACCCUGCGGAGGGCAGAGCUAGAGAGGAGCGAGGUGGGUGAGCUGGACGAGCGUGGCGGGGAGCGCCAUCGAAGUCGCUCCUUUCUCUCGGGUCUUGUCAGUCCUGUGAUGCUUUCAGCGCUGACAGCUGGGGACUGUCAGACUCCCUGUGCCCGGAGUCUCACAACUUGGGAGUGGCCUCGUUGAGUCUCGAACCAAGGUUCACUGCCAAGCCAUUGCCAUUAACCAGGAAGCUAUAAAGUUCCAAGAACUGCUCAGGGGACAGUAUCCUUGAACCCAGUCCUGCAAGAUGUUGGCUGAAUUUGUGGAGCACCUGAGAGCCUGAAGGCAGCAGCCCUGGGAUAAGCCCUUUCUGUGGGCAGUUGGAACCUUCUGCUCCAGAGGAGAAGCCGUCCCUCACCUGGACUUAUGACCCGCGGCUUCGUCCCCGGCUUGCCCACCGAGCUCCACAAGAUGGGCUCCUUCCGCAGGCCCAGGCCACGCUUCAUGAGCUCUCCAGUGCUCAGCGACCUGCCCCGAUUCCAGGCCACGCGGCAGGCCCUGCAGCUGAGUUCCAACUCGGCCUGGAACAGCGUCCAGACAGCUGUGAUCAACGUCUUCAAAGGUGGAGGCUUGCAAAGCAACGAGCUCUAUGCACUGAAUGAAAAUAUCAGGCGGCUGCUGAAGAGUGAACUUGGAUCGUUCAUUACAGACUAUUUCCAGAACCAGCUUCUUGCAAAAGGACUGUUGUUUGUGGAGGAGAAGAUUAAGCUGUGCGAAGGUGAAAAGCGCAUUGAGGUUCUGGCUGAAGUCUGGGACCACUUCUUCGCCGAGACUCUCCCCACCCUGCAGGCAAUAUUUUAUCCAGUCCAGGGCCAGGAGCUGACCAUUCGCCAGAUCUCCCUGCUGGGCUUCCGAGACCUGGUCCUGCUCAAGGUGAAGCUGGGCGACCUGCUGCUGCUGGCCCAGUCCCAGCUGCCCUCGUCCAUUGUCCAGAUGCUGCUCAUCCUGCAGAGUGUUCAUGAGCCCACAGGCCCAAGUGAGGGGUACUUGCAGCUGGAGGAGCUGGUGAAGCAAGUGGUUUCUCCUUUCCUGGGCAUCAGCGAGGACCGCAGCGUCUCGGGCCCCACGUACACGCUGGCCAGGCGCCACUCCCGGGUCCGGUCCAAGGUCACUGUCCUGAACUACGCCUCCCCAGUGGCCACCAUCAGCCGGCCACUGAAUGAGAUGGUCCUGACCCCUCUGACGGAGCAAGAGGGGGAGGCCUACCUGGAGAAGUGUGGCAGCGCCCGGCGGCACACGGUGGCCAAUGCCCACUCGGACAUCCAGCUGCUGGCCAUGGCCUCCAUGAUGCACCCAGGCCUAGGCGAGGAGCCUGGUGCCGAGGACAAGUGCCUGCUUCUGCCGCCCAGCUUUUCUGCACCCCACCGCCAGUGCUCCAGCGAGCCCAACAUCACCGACAGCCCCGACCAGGUGGAAGAGGUGGCCGUGGGCAGCCAGGAGGACUCAGAGGCGAACAGUGCUUCCCUCGGCUGAGUGCCCGCCUCCAGGACGUCCCAGCUCCUGCCUAGCAACCAGGAGAAGGACGGUUCCACCCUGUGAAAUCACCAGGGGGCUCCUCCUUUUGGGGGUUGCUGCCCCCCUCUUUCUGGGGACAGGCCUAGCCUAAGUGCCCCAGGGGAAACCUAGUUGUAAGUCUCUCCGUUUCCAUGACUGUGACCACCUCUUCGCAGCCACACGGACCCAACUGCCUAAUUCUCACUUGCUGACUUCCAGCCUUGCCUGCCUGACUCGGAUCCUCCUCUCUGGGCUUCUCCCCCUCAGAUGCUGGACUGUCUGAUGGUCCCAAUGACGCAUCCCAGAGCCCUCGGCAUUGCCAUAGCAGGAGGUUAUCUGAGGGGCACCUGAAGCCAGCAAGGGUGUGUUGGUUUUCGGAGUUCCCCUUUCGGUCUGGUGAGGCAGAGGCUGCUGGGUGAAAAGCUGCCUCUCCUCCCCUGUGUUUGUGGUGGGGAGGGAAAGCAGGGAGCAGCCCCUACUUCCCAGGGCUCUGGGAAAGUGCUUCCGUGUUCCGGUUUCAGAAUUGCCGGGAAAGAACUGCCCACCGGUGGUGGGGUCCAUCCUCACCCACACCCAGGUCCUGGAGGGUCAGAAGGCAGGGGAAACCUGGCUUUGUUAAGCCUCAGUCUUUCCUCCUCAGGCUUCCUCCCAAGGUCAAGGAACUAACCUCCCUGGUGGAGCAGCCGAUGCCUUCGUCUCUUUUACGUUAGAAACCGACCGUUUUCUGAUUGUGGAUGGAGGGCCGGCCGAUACCAGCCAACUAGCGUAUUCCUGGAUUUGACUUGAAUUUUUAAAGUGUGCAUCGUCUCAAAAACAAUUGUUUGCAAAUAUUUGCACAUAGGAUGUUUCAAUGCUCCUUUCUGAUGGGGUGUUUCUUCAAGCUGAGAAAUAAGCAAGCCCUCCAGGGAAAGGGGACCAGAUGGAUCCGGGGGUGAAGGUGGUCCAUGGUGGGCAGAGGCCGCAGAACUCUAGCAGCUGGAUUCAAAUCCAGAAUGUCCUGUGUAUGUGAGUGUUGUGGUUUGUAGGGAGACAGCUUGCCUCAUGGGCAGAGAGUUGCGGCAGAUAGAAUGGCUCAGUGCUUUCCAGUGGGGGGAGGGCGGAGAAGAUGUGCAUUCCCUGUGAUUAAAGAAGAACCUGGAUGAGUUCUGACAUGGGAGGUCUCCAGACGCAGCUGGGGCAGCCGGCUUUGGUGCCGUGCUGCCUCCGCACCCUGCUCCCCCAGGUCUGGGCUCGCUGUCCUUCUCGGGCCUCUGUUCUCUUUGAAUUCACCUGUCGGCCCCCCUCAUGACAGCUCCAGAAGAAAGGAAGCUUCCCCGGACCCUUCUGGCACCCUCUAGGUACCCUGUUAGGCUUGGAAGCUCUGUGAAUAAAAUCCAGAGACAUGAGUCAGCUUGGCUUCCACUGGGGGGCGGGGGGAAGGUGGCUACAAGGGCAGAGGACAGUCAUGGCGGCUCACCGAGGCCUUUACCUCUCCCGUCUGGGAGGAGAUCUGAAACGGCACCAGAGUUGUGCUUUUGAUGGCUUGUGGUUGGGAUAGCGUGUCUAACGAGUUGUUUCACGUUAAUCCUUCUACGAGAGUGAUGGAAGGGAGAUGUUCAGAGAAUUUCAAACAACUACAAAAAAUCUUGGCGUAUGUGUUAGAUAAAGUCCACGGAUUGACUAAUACUCAUUAGCAAAUGGAACAUCAGUAGGUAACAACCUGACAAUUUAUUUAACUGAUGGCUUCUGUCCUAUGGUACACUAGGCACAGGGGACUGGUAUUUAUUAAUCCAGGCAAAGUAAUUAAUGAUGCUUGGGUUUCGGGGUUUUUUAUAGUUUACAACAUUAGCAAUACACAUGCUUUUAAAUGCCUUUCCCAUACAGCAAAUGACCCUGAUGAGGACGGCAGUCACUUAGUCAGAUGUGUGAGCUCUUAGGUUUAGACGGGGAAUGCCGGGCUAGACCCAGCACACUUAAUUUUGCCGGUGACUGUUAGCUGGUUCACAGCUUCACCUGGAUGUACAUGCCUGAGGUUUGCACAGUAAACAUUUCAGACUGUAUGUACAAAGAUUUUGUUCAUGUUCACGGGCAUUUUACCACUCUCAAAUCUCGUGCAAGAGGGACAGUUGUGUUUUAACCACUGAUUCUCCCUUCUAUGAGAUGAAGAUUCAGUUUCGGUGUUUAAACUAGGAUGUCCCUGUGGCUGAGGUUCAAUGACAGGAAGCCAUCACGACUCAACUCUGAGUGAGCUCACAAACCAAAACCCUUUCACGGUGUCUGUUACCAGCACAGAUUCAAUAAACAUCAUUUUGUACGCGUUACCUA